AUGGACUACUCACUCGAGAAUCACAAGUCUUUUAUCGGAAAACCCAUCUCGGGUCUUCCUACGCCGGCGCUGGUGGUUAAUUUGCCUGUGCUCAAGAAGAACAUCGACAGUUUACAUCAAGACGUGGAAAAACUGGGCAUUGGCUUUAGGCCUCAUGUCAAGACGCUCAAGACGCUCGAAGUAACGAGGAUGAUGCUUGCUGAAGGCAAAUACAAGGGAAUGAUUGCAUCCACCAUCCCUGAGAUAAAGGGUGCCUUGCCCCUAGUGGAGGAAGGCCUCGUGGAAGAGUGUCUGUAUGGCAUCCCAGUCUAUCCAGGAGUUCUGCCCAGAUUGAUCGAGCUGCGAAAGUCGUUGCGUCUCCAGCUUAUGGUUGACAAUGAGCAACAGGUCUCGUUCCUCGAAGAGUCAGCUUCUAGCCAGGAGCCCUGGGACAUCUUCAUCAAGUUGGACGUCGGCUCGCACAGAGCGGGUGUCGAAGCCAAUAGUGAUGCUCUUAAUCGUUUGGUAAAGCGCGCAGAAAAGUCCUCUGCAGUCAACAUCUACGGAUUUUACUGUCACGCCGGACACUCGUACGGAGGUCGUUCACGAAAGGAAGCUGAAGAAACCCUCAACAUCGAAGUAUCGAGUGUGUUGGCCGCAGCCAAGCUCCUCCCCUCGGACCGCCGCCUCAUCAUCUCCGUCGGCAGCACACCUACAGCGCAUGUAGUAGAAAGCCUCAAGGCAUCGAUGCCAGAAAAUGUUAUCCUGGAGCUCCACGCAGGCAACUUCCCCUGCAACGAUCUCCAGCAAGUAUCGACAGGUCUCGUGACCGAGUCGCAGCAGGCCGUGUCAGUGGCAGCAGAGGUUUGCAGCGUCUACCCAGAGCGAAACGAAGCGCUGGUCAACGCAGGCGUGAUUGCGCUGUCGCGCGAGGCAAGCGCCUUCAGUGGGUUCGGCCGAGUGGUGGGCAGCCCGUCGUGGGGUCUGGUGCGGUUAUCGCAGGAGCAUGGGAUCCUGGGCACGAGCGAGGGUCGAAAGGUAGACGAUGAUUUCAAGGUCGGUCAGAGAGUUGAGAUUUGGUGCAAUCAUUCGUGUAUCGCGGCUGCUGCAUUUCACGUGUAUUAUGUCGUUGACGAAGAAGUGUCUUACGCCGAUAUUGCUGCCAAGGGUCCCAAGCAGAGCCCCGAGGAUGCUGCUGCCCCUCAACCUCCUCAAAUCAUGACUGACGAGUCUGCUUCCACCGCCUCUCUGGUCGACGUUGAUAUGCCUAGCGUGCACACCGUCCCCAACGACUUCCUCGAGCAGGAGAUCCAGACCGAGACUCAAGCAGCCCGCAUCGAGCUAGAGGAAGAGGCCAAGCAGGAGAAGCGAAAGCGUGACUCAGCCGCCUCAAAGGCCAAGCAGACCGACAACUGGCUGGUCCAGCAGUUCUCCAAGCUGUCCGAUGGCGAAGCUACCGGCCUGACUGUCGCCAACCUGGCCACCGUCGUCAGUCUCGGUGCCUUCCUCGGCUACAAGGGCUGGGGUCUGUACGAGAAGGGCAGACUCGACUGGAAGGCCGUCUCUUACGGCGUCGGCAUCCUCGCCAGUGCAGCUGCUGCCCAGGGUGCUGUCGGGCGAUACCUGUACAAGGGAAAGAAGGGUGGUUCUUAG